AUGACGGUUGACUCGGGACCUGGUGAGUGGAUCGGAUAUCAAAUCUUUUUUGGAAUCGCCGAGGGCAUUGGUUCGCAAUUGGGUGUGAUUGUGGUCCAGAAUGCCUUGCCAAAAGAGGAUAUUGCAGUGGGUAUCGCCAUUAUAAUGUUCUCACAGACCAUUGGUGGAGCGGUCUCCUUGGUUAUCGCCCAGAAUGUUUUUCAAAAUCGCCUCAUUGCCAAUUUUCACCAGUACGACCCGCAGCUAGACGCCAGCAAGAUCAUCAGCGGGGGUGCGUUGGAGAUCAGGAAUAUGGUUUCCAAGUCCGCUUUACCGGAGGCACUAUUCGCAUACAACAAGUCGAUAAUGCAGACUUUUUACCUCGCAGUGGCGAUGAGUUCCAUUUCAAUAUUUGGCGCCGUAGUCAUCGAAUGGAAGUCAGUGAAGAAAGGAGAACAAAAGGAUGCUGUUGGAGCUAGUCACUUGUGA